CUUGGGGAGGACGUUAGACCCCAAAGCUGGGAGUCUUCGGACAUGAUGGGUCCCAAUCCCUCGUUUUAUCAAUGAGGAGGCUGAGGUUCUGGGGGAAGGUACUGUGUGCCUCAAAGUCAUACAGAAAGUAGUGGCAGAAAAUGCUAGAAAGCAAACUUUGUUUUUGUCCCCUUUUCCCAGGACUACGGGAGGGAUUGUCCCCUGAAGGUUGGUAUCGGAUGCUGCCACAUGGGAAGACGUGCCUGUCCUGCCAGGGCCCGUGGGGGUCCACUCUCAGUCAUCCAAGGACAGCCUUUUUCCCACCUCUUUUGUCUGUGGUGCUUUGGGGUGCCAUCCUGUGGGCUGGCUUCCUCCCCGAUCCGGCCCUCGGGUCAGGGACCUUCACCUUGGGGGUGCUGGGUCCUUGGGACUGUGACCCCAUCUUUGCCAGGGCCCUCCCCAGUGUAGCAGCCCAGCUGGCUGUGGACCGAGCCAACCAGGACUCCUCACUGGUGCUGGGCUCGAGGCUGGCUUCCGUGGUCCUUGCCACGGGCUGUGACACCCCUCAUGCUCUGGCCACGUUCCUGGCCCACAAGAAUACCGUGGCUGCCUUUGUGGGCCCUGUCAAUCCCGGUUACUGUCAAGCGGCAGCCCUGCUGGCCCAAGGCUGGGGCAAGACCCUCUUCUCCUGGGCUUGCGGAGCUCCAGAAGGAGGAGGUGAGCUGGUGGCCACCUUGCCUUCGGCUGCCCACGUGCUGCUGUCUAUCAUGAGACACUUUGGCUGGGCUCGCGUGGCCAUCGUGUCCUCCCACCAGGACAUCUGGGUGGCCACAGCCCGGCAGGUGGCCGUGACUCUGAGGACGCAUGGGCUGCCUGUGGGGCUGGUGACCUCUCUAGGACCUGGGGAGCAGGGGGCCACGGAGGUCCUGGAGCAGCUCUGCCGCGUGGACGGCCUGAAAAGUAAGUGUCCACGGGUGCCUUCCUCGUGUGGGCAGCAUGGACUUCAUAUGGCUGCUGUGGUGGUGCUCUGCAUGCAUUCGGCGCUCCUGGGGGGCCUGGAGCAGACGGCCCUGCUGAGCCAAGCGUGGGCCCAGGGCCUGGCAGAUGGGAGGCUGGUCUUCCUGCCCUACGAUACCCUGCUCUUUGCCUUGCCCUACCGCAACCGCUCCUACGCGGCCCUUGGCGACCGCGGGCCCCUGCGGGAGGUCUAUGACGCAGUGCUCACCGUCAGCCUGGAGUCCGGCCCUGUGGACGAGGCCUUGGAAGCUGCCAGGGCCAUUGGAGAGGUGGCUGCCCACCUGGAGCCAGAGCAGGUGUCCCCGCUCUUUGGGACCAUCUAUGAUGCUGUUGUCCUGCUGGCCCAUGCCCUGAACCGCUCUGAGAGCCAUGGGGCAGGACUCUCGGGGGCCCACUUGGGAGACCAUACAGGGGCUCUGAAUGUGGCUGGCUUUAGCCAGAGGAUCCGGACGGAUGAGAAGGGCAGGAGAUUGGCUCAGUACGUCAUCUUGGACACAGAUGGUCAGGGAAGCCAGCUGGUCCCCACCCACAUUCUGGACACAGGCACGUGGCAAGUGCAGCCCCUGGAAAGGGCCAUACACUUUCCAGGAGGGGCCCCUCCAGCACGUGACUCCAGCUGCUGGUUUGACCCCAAUAUGCUAUGCAUGAGAGAUGCACAGCUCCCGGGGAGCUUCCUCGCUUUUGUCCUGGCAUGUGUCCUGUUGCUGGCUGGCGGGACCCUCACUUGCCUCAUCAGAUUGGGCAUCCAACAGCUACAGCUGGUGCGGGGCCCCCACCGGAUCCUGCUGACAGCCCAGGAGCUCACCUUCAUCCAUCGGCCGCCAAGCAGACGGAGGCUGCACGUGGACAGCGUGAGUGAAUCAAGAAGUGUGGCAGAUGGCGGGAGCCUGAGGUCGGUGGCCCAGGGGUCAGCAAGGAGCCUGCCGGCCCCCCAGGAGCCCACCAAUGUGGCCCUGUACCAGGGGGAGUGGGUGUGGCUGAAGAGGUUUGAAGCAGGCACAGCCCCUGAGCUUCGGCCCAGCUGCCUCAGCCUCCUGAGAAAGAUGCGGGAGAUGCGGCAUGAGAACGUUGCUGCCUGCCUGGGCUUCUUUGUGGCCCCUGGAGUCAGUGCUCUAGUGCUGGAGCACUGUUCCCGGGGCAGCCUGGAGGACCUGCUGCGGAAUGAAGCUCUGCGGCUGGACUGGACUUUCAAGGCCUCUCUACUGCUGGAUUUGAUCCGUGGCAUGCGGUAUCUGCACCAUCGACAUUUCCCUCACGGACGCCUCAAGUCCCGAAACUGUGUGGUGGAUGGGCGCUUUGUUCUCAAGGUCACUGACCACGGUUAUGCAGAGCUCCUGGACGUUCAGCGGGCUCCCCGCCCCCGGCCAGCCCCAGAAGAGCUGUUGUGGACGGCUCCAGAGCUGUUGCGAGGGCCCGGGGCGCCGGGACGGGGCACCCUCAAAGCAGACAUCUUCAGCAUCGGCAUCAUCCUGCAGGAGGUGCUGACUCGAGGCCCACCCUACUGCUCCUCAGGGCUCUCCGCAGAAGAAAUCAUCAGGAAGGUGGUGUCGCCCCCUCCCCUGUGCCGGCCCCUGGUGUCCCCUGACCAUGGGCCGCCCGAGUGUAUCCAGCUGAUGGAGCAGUGCUGGGAGGAGGCUCCAGAGGACAGACCCAGUCUAGACCAGAUCUACACCCAGUUCAAAAGCCUCAAUCAAGGCAAGAAGACCAGUGUUGCUGACUCUAUGCUGUGGAUGCUGGAGAAGUAUUCCCAGAACCUGGAGGACCUGAUCCAGGAGCGGACUGAGGAACUGGAGCUGGAGAGGCAGAAGACAGAGAGGCUACUCUCUCAGAUGCUCCCUCCGUCUGUGGCUGGAGCUCUGAAAAUGGGGGCAACUGUGGAGCCAGAGUACUUUGACCAGGUUACCAUAUACUUCAGUGACAUUGUGGGUUUCACCAUCAUCUCAGCCCUGAGCGAGCCCAUUGAGGUGGUAGGCUUGCUCAACGACCUCUACACACUGUUUGAUGCUGUUCUGGGCAGCCAUGAUGUGUAUAAGGUGGAGACCAUCGGGGAUGCCUACAUGGUGGCCUCAGGGCUGCCCCGGCGCAACGGGAGCCGGCAUGCGGCCGAGAUCGCCAACAUGGCCCUGGACAUCCUCAGCUCUGUGAGAGGCUUCCGGAUGAGGCACGCGCCCGAUGUACCCAUUUACAUCCGGGCUGGUCUGCACUCAGGGCCCUGUGUGGCAGGGGUCGUUGGUCUCACCAUGCCUCGGUACUGCCUCUUUGGUGACACUGUGAACACCGCAUCCCGGAUGGAGUCCACAGGACUGCCAUACAGGAUUCAUGUCAACAGAAGCACGGUCCAGACGCUGCUCAGCCUGGAUGAAGGCUACACAGUUGACAUCAGAGGCCAGACUGAGCUAAAGGGGAAGGGCAAAGAGGAGACCUACUGGCUGGUGGGGAAGGCAGGCUUCCCCAGGCCCCUCCCCACACCACUGAACAUCAAACCUGGGGAUCCCUGGCAGGACCUCAUAAACCAAGAAAUCAAGGUGGCCUUUGCCAAAGCGCGCCAGGGUAUGGCCAGGCCCAGGAGCUCGGGUCAGGCCUUCGCUGGGCCCUGAGGAGGAAAACAGUGGGGCAGGGGCCUGUCCCAGCCCAGAAACUCUUGUGCCUACGUACCCCCAAACCCUCCUUCUACUCCAAUCCCCGCAGAGAAUGCUCUUGCCCAGCAACCUGAAAGCCAACAGAGUGCUCGUUAAGAAGUGCCCUAGAGCGAUAUUAACUGAUGCAUUCCAGUAUGAAUCCUACGGGCAAACUUGCCUCUUGAUACAAAAACAAUAAAAAUAGAAUUAUUCCCUCCCUUUCA